AUGGCUACUCAAGCUGCUUAUCAGGCCGAAAAGAUCAUUGGCCACGGCGAUAAUGCCGUCACGGCGCAGGACGUUACCUCGUACCGUGAGACGGGCGACAAGAGCGAGACUAUGAAGGCUUUGGCCUGGAUUAGCAAGAACAAGGUCCAGAUGGUCGACGCUCCUAAGCCCAAGAUCAUCGAAGACCGCGAUGUCAUCCUCAAAGUAACUGGCAGCACAGUCUGCGGCUCAGACUUGCAUCUCCUCCACGGCACAGUGGUCCAGCUCAGCGAAGGCGACAUCUUGGGUCACGAGUUCUGUGGUGUUGUCGACCAAGUCGGCGCUGGAGUCACCGGUGUUGAGGUUGGCAAGCGAUACGUCGCUUCGUUCCAGAUUGCUUGUGGUGAUUGCUUCUUCUGCAAGCAGAAGCUUUCGUCGCAAUGUGAGAAGACCAACUCCAACACUACAGAGCGCGCUAUGUACGGUGGUCGUACGGCUGGUAUGUUUGGCUACUCGCAUUUCACUGGUGGUUUCGCUGGUGGCCAGGCCGAGUAUGUGCGCGUGCCACUUGGUGAUGUGAACUUGUUGGAGAUUCCCGAUGGUGUUCCUGAUGAGAAGGCUCUCUACCUCUCUGAUGUCCUCGCCACAUCCUACAAUGCCGUCAAGGACACAGCCGUGUACCCCGACGACUCAGUCGCCAUCUUCGGCGCUGGCCCCAUUGGUCAAAUGGCUGGUAUUUUCGCUGUUAAAGAAGGUGCAAGCAAGAUCAUCUUCGUCGACACAGAACCCCGUCUGUCCUUUAUCCGCGACAACUGGCCCGAGCCUCAUAUGGGCAAGCUCGAGCUAGUUGACUACAAGAAGCUCUCCCACGGUGUGACCAACAAGCCCACCGUGGUAAGCCGCCUCAAGGAACUCACUGGCAACCGCGGUCCCGACUGCGCUAUCGAGUGCGCUGCUGGUGAAUACGCCAAGGGCUGGAUGCACUGGCUCGAGAUGGCCGUCGGCGCCGAGACCGAUACUAGCGAGAUCAUCAACGAGAUGAUCGAGGGCGUUCGCAACUACGGACGCUGUGGUGUUACUGGUGUGUACGUCGGAUACACAAACCACUUCAACGUUGGAUCCCUCAUGGAGCGUGGUAUCCGACUUAUCGGUAACGGCCAAGCGCCUGUUCACAAGUACUGGAAGGAGCUUCUCGAGAUGAUCCAGAAGGGAGAGCUUGAUCCUGGUCAGAUGCUGUCGCACCGAGUCCGACUUGAGGAUUUGGACAAGGUCUACUACAAGUUUGAGAAGCGCGAAGAUGCGAUGCAGAAGAUUUUUGUUGAGACCAAGUUCUCGUUCCCCAGAGACCCCAGCACGCCUAGCCUUACCACUUAUUAA